CCGGCACGGCGAUGCGCUUCAGGGUCCUCAGGGGCUCUCACCACGUUCUUGUGCGACCUCCUGGCUCCCACGACGCCGCAGUAGAAGCUUUGCAAUCCCUACUGCCGUGGAAACAAACUCUGCGAUGCGUUUCCUGUUCCGCCCUGUGGGCCUGGCGAUACUCCGGCCCGUUCGCGGCUUCAGCGCACGGACCGCGCGAAGACUAUCGUUUCACGUCCCUGAAUCGCAGUCUCGCACGCUAACCCUCAGGCCGCUGCGUCGCAAUUUGAAGCCAGAAACGCUGAAAUUGAAAUUGCAUUUGGACCGAGUCUCUGCACAUCCUCACUUCACCAUCCGUCGCCGGACGCGCCGUCUGCAGCGCCUGCAGCCGGCCAGGAACCGCCCAGGUGCCUCAUCUAAGCGGCCCGCGACGCGAACAAGCGAUAUUAAAUGGCAAUCAGGGACACGAGCGCUACCACGGUCUCCCUAUUAUUCGCGCACCCACCGCGGGCGAAACGCUUCGAAGGAUCUGCAAUCUACUGUUCCAAAGUCCAGAGUCCAGCGUCCGCCCGUUCCCAGCUUCCAGAAUAGCGCUGCUUCCCCUCGAGCUCGCAAUCUGCCUGCAUCCGGCAUAUUCUCGGUCCUUGGGAAGUCUCAUUUGGACAAAUGCAGGAGGCCUCUUCUGGCGGAACAUCGCUACGGUCCAGACGCUGCCCCUCACGAAGCGAUGCAUGGCUUCGUACUCGGUCGGCCGGUGACGGGAACAAUACUCGACGCUGGAUUUGCGAUGCUCAAUAGCACAUGCGUCAUUUGUCGACAAGGCCAUGCAGGGUCGUAAGAGGCGCUGAUAGCAGCCAGCCAUGGCGGAACCUUUUAUGCCCGAUAGUUGAAGGCUGAGGGAACGAGAACGCCAGGUAGCCGAUACGUACAUAAGUGUCCGGUGAGGGGCACGCCCUCGCUGCUGCGGCACAGGUAGCGAGCGACAGUCGAAGUGUGGGUGCUCGAGGGGAGCCUGCUAAUCAAGUCACUGCCCGCCUCUCGUCCUCGCGCUGCGAUAGGGGAGAGGGGAGCACUGCGGCCAC